UUUCCAAGUGUCGUGCAGCUUCCACUCCACACUCACACCGCUACAGCGAAGAUUGCAGCUUCCUCAAUUUGUAGAUUGAACCCCGUCGUCAACUACCAACCCCAACGUAGUCCAGUUUGUAGUGAUCUCUCAGGUUCUUAAGAAUCAAUUGCGGCUCAAUUUUGUAUUAGGAAAGAUUUCUCUCAAGUUUUUUUCAAGGGGAUUAGGAUUUGCGUUUUGGAUGCGAUAAGGUCCACAAUGUCGAGCGGUUUGAUGCUUCCAAUUGUGGUUAUGGUGGGAUUGGCACUCCUGCCAAGCUCCGUAUCUGCGAAUGCUGGACCUGGCACUACGGCACCGCCGUCUGGUGCUGCAGGGACCGUGAAUGGUCCCGCCUGGGCCGCUCCAGCUGCGAUUAUUGCUACCCUGCGCUCGCUCUCGCUCGCCUUGCAGUCCCUCUUCAACCGCCUCGCUUCUGCCCGCGUCGCCCGUGGUGAUCUUGCUGGUGCGGAGAGGGCCAGAAAUAUUGCGAAUACUAUGGGAAAUGGAUUGCAGUGGUGGGCUGGUUUAGGCACAAUGAGUUGGGACUACAUUACAAACUACGUCUUCACGCAAUCUGUUGCCAGGGGAAUGGGACUUUCUCAGGCCAUGGGUCAUCUUUCUGAUCUUUCGUCCAUCGUCGCGGAGGUCACACAACUUGGAUCUGAUGGCGAGCGCCUGCAGUGGUUAGCGAGAAAUUAUUCGAGAGCUUUUGCCGUGGCCAAGUCAGCACUAGGCAACUUGCUCUCUGUCUUUGACCACGAUGGUGCCAUUCGGAACUGUGUUUUAGCUAUUCAACGAGAGUUUUUGGAGGGAGAUUUGUUGCGUGAUGUUCUACGAUUAGGUCCAACCGAUUUUGAAAGUAUUGUCAGAAUGUCUAAAGAUGUUUUACAAAGGAUAUUUGCUUCUGCUCAGAACGGUCAAGGACAAAGAGAUGCAGAGUUAUAGGUGUAUUUAGAUCAUUUGUAAAUAGAUUGAGAUGAAUGUAAAUGCAGAGGCCAUUUGAAUCAGGGAGACUGUUCUGUUACAACAGUACACUUUCAUUGUCGAACAUCCAUGGGCUUUGGGACAAAAAAACACUCUAAUUUGCACGUAAACUACAUAGUUGAAGGAGGUUUCUUUA